AUGGAGCUCGGACCCUCACUCUCCCUCUCUACAAAUCCAAUGGUAGUUGGCCAGGUGCAGCAGCAAGGGGAGAGGCAGGUGCAGCAGCAAGGGGAGAGGCAGGUGCAGCAGCAAGGGGAGAGGCAGGUGCAGCAGCAAGGGGAGAGGCAGGUGCAGCAGCAAGGGGAGAGGCAGGUGCAGCAGCAAGGGGAGAGGCAGGUGCAGCAGCAAGGGGAGAGGCAGGUGCAGCAGCAAGGGGAGAGGCAGGUGCAGCAGCAAGGGGAGAGGCAGGUGCAGCAGCAAGGGGAGAGGCAGGUGCAGCAGCAAGGGGAGAGGCAGGUGCAGCAGCAAGGGGAGAGGCAGGUGCAGCAGCAAGGGGAGAGGCAGGUGCAGCAGCAAGGGGAGAGGCAGGUGCAGCAGCAAGGGGAGAGGCAGGUGCAGCAGCAAGGGGAGAGGCAGGUGCAGCAGCAAGGGGAGAGGCAGGUGCAGCAGCAAGGGGAGAGGCAGGUGCAGCAGCAAGGGGAGAGGCAGGUGCAGCAGCAAGGGGAGAGGCAGGUGCAGCAGCAAGGGGAGAGGCAGGUGCAGCAGCAAGGGGAGAGGCAGGUGCAGCAGCAAGGGGAGGUGAGUUCUGAGUCAACUCAAGACUCGUUGCUAACAGAUUUGGCCUAUGGGCGGGGAGAGCAGCAGAGGGAGAUGAGGGCGGGAGAGGGGAUAAGGGAGGCAGAUACUGUAGUGCAGGCGCAGCAGCAAGAAGGGAUAGGGAAGGCGCAGCAAGAGGAUAUGCAGGCCUCUCCGUUACAGUUGGAGAGCCCUCAUGGGUCAUCCGUCCCUCUUCAGGCUCCUCUUCAGGUGCCGUUUCUGCUGCCGCCCCAGGUGCCACCUCAGGUGCCGUUUCAGGUGCCGUUUCAGAUGCCUGGUGAUGUUCGUUGGCCGGCGCUCCAGGCACCUGGUCAGGUGCCUUUUGAGCUGCUCGGAGGAACGCCUGUGGAGAUCAGAUCUAUGUGCCAGGGUGGAUCAAGUGACGUGGCGUUUGGUAACCAGCCUGCUUUGGCUGGGGCUCAUUGUGUGUCAGCAGCAGUGCCAGGAGAAGCAGAGAGGGAUGCAUGGUCACAAAACGAGGUCUCUGGGUUGCAGCCAACAGUGGUUGAUGGGGAAAUUGAAUGUGAGGGUGAUGGGGCAAGAGGGGAAGAGGGGGUGGUUGUGGUGUUGGAGACAUGGAGAUAG